CAAUUCACAGAAAAGCAAAGCUUUUAACAAGAUGCCCCCUCAAAGGGGAGGUAGUGGUGGAAGUGGCAGACUUUUUAGCUCUUGUAAUGGUGGAAGACGAGAUGAGGUAGCAGAGGCUCAGCGGGCAGAGUUCAGCCCUGCCCAAUUCUCUGGUCCCAAGAAGAUUAACCUGAACCACUUACUGAACUUCACUUUUGAACCCCGUGGCCAAGCAGGCCGUUUUGAUGGGAAUGGACAUGGCAACUGGGGGAAGAGGAACAAGUGGGGACAUAAGCCUUUCAACAAGGAGCUCUUCCUACAGGCCAACUGCCAGUUUGUUGUCUCUGAAGAACGGGACUACACAGUCCACUUUGCUGAUCCAGAUACCUUGGUCAACUGGGACUUUGUGGAGCAAGUGAGAAUUUGUGGCCAUGAAGUGCCCUCUUGCCCAAUAUGUCUGUACCCACCUACCGCAGCAAAGAUCACACGCUGUGGGCAUAUCUUUUGUUGGGCAUGCAUCCUUCACUAUCUCUCCUUGAGUGAAAAGACCUGGAGUAAAUGUCCUAUUUGUUAUGGCUCUGUUCACAAGAAGGAUCUCAAGAGUGUCAUUGCUAUGGAAACACGUCAGUAUGCCAUUGGUGAUACCAUUACGAUGCAACUUAUGAGAAGAGAGAAAGGUGUUCUGAUAGCACUGCCCAAAUCUCAGUGGAUGAAUGUGGUGCAGCCUGUUUACAUCGGAGAUGACCAGCACAGUCAGUAUUCAAAGCUGCUUCUGGCAUCCAGGGAGCAGGUCUUGCAGCUGGUGAUUCUGGAGGAGAAAGUGGCAUUACUGAAACAGUAUGAAGAAGAAAAACACACCCCAGAGGCUUGCUUUAUUGAAGCGGCUAUCCAGGAACUGAAGGAGCGAGAAACAGCACUCUCUGCUGACCAGGGUAAAACCAGUGUCGUUACUGGAAUCAGUGCAGCUGUGGAAGAAUUGGUCCUAGAAAGCCCCAAGGCUGUGCAGCCUGCAGUUUCCCGAGAGAAAAAGUGUGGUGUGGAAUAUAUCUCUGCAUUUGAUGAGGAGCUUGUGGAGCCUUGCUCAGAUCUGGCAAGUUCCUUUUCACCUCCUGUGGAAGCAGAAGAGGCAGUGCUGGAUGAAGAGGAAGUACCUGAGGUGGACGCCGUAGGGGAGCCUGAUACCAGCACUACAGAAGAACCAAAUCCAGCUGAAACAGGCUACCAAGAAUCUAAAGAUACAAUUAGUAGUGGACAUCUUAGCAACUCGCCUUUUUACUAUUUCUAUCAAGCGGAGGAUGGGCAGUGUAUGUAUCUUCACCCUGUGAAUGUUCGAUGUCUUGUUCGCGAAUACGGCAGCUUGGAGAAGAGUCCAGAGAAGAUAACUGCAGCUGUAGUGGAGAUAACUGGCUACUCAAUGACGGAGGAUAUAAGACAGCGUCAUCGUUACCUCUGUCACUUGCCCCUCACCUGCGAGUUCAGCAUUUGUGAACUGGCUCUGAAGCCACCCGUCAUCUCCAAGGAGACUUUAGAGUUGUUUUCAGAUGACCUUGAAAAGAGGAAGCGUCUGCGGCAGAAGAAAGCUCGUGAUGAACGACGACGGGAACGCAGAAUUGAGAUAGAAGAAAACAAGAAACAGGGCAAAUAUCCAGAGGUCCAUAUUGCUUUAGAGAAUCUGCAGCAGUUCCCUGCUUUUACCUCUUGCUCCGGAGAAACUACCAGCAUUGAUCAUCAGAGCUUCUGUCUGUCUCCUCUUGGCAGAAGCCCUGUGUUUCAGACAGAGUCUGUUCCAACUCCACUGUCACCUGCUGCCAGCCAGGUCAGCCCAGUGCUCUGUGGGAGUUUGGAAGAAGAGUCUUCCUUCCCUUCCUUUGCCCAGAUGUUGAGAGUUGGAAAGGCAAAACCAGAAACAUGGCCGAAACCUGCUCCAAAGACAAGAGAUGAGAACACGCUGGCACUCCCUGUGCCAGCGGACAGCGAUGGAGAAAGCGACAGCUCUGACCGCGUACCUGUGCCCAGUUUCCAGAACUCCUUCAGCCAAGCUAUCGAGGCAGCCCUCCUGAAACUGGACAAACCGUCCACAGCUGAUCAUUUAUCAGAGGAAAAGGGAGGCAAGAAAAGAAAGAAACAGAAGCAGAAGCUACUGUUCAGCACCUCUGUUGUUCACACAAAGUGAUUCUGCUAUUCAAGAGAAGUUUCCUCUGCUGGUUUU